UUUCUCUAGCCUCAGGUCUUAAUCUGUCUUUUUUCUUCUUUUGUCUGUACACAUAACUGGUUUUUGGUAAAGUAUGUCAGGGCGCGGGAAACAGGGAGGCAAAGCUCGUGCCAAGGCCAAGACCCGGUCUUCCAGGGCGGGUCUUCAGUUCCCGGUAGGUCGCGUGCACCGCCUUCUUCGCAAGGGCAACUAUUCGGAGCGUGUGGGGGCCGGUGCCCCGGUGUACCUGGCGGCGGUGCUGGAGUACCUGACCGCCGAGAUCCUGGAGCUGGCAGGUAACGCUGCCCGCGACAACAAGAAGACCCGCAUCAUUCCCCGCCACCUCCAGCUGGCCAUCCGCAAUGAUGAGGAGCUCAACAAGCUGCUAGGCAAGGUCACUAUCGCGCAGGGUGGCGUUCUGCCCAACAUCCAGGCCGUGCUGCUGCCCAAGAAGACCGAGAGCCACCACAAGGCCAAGGGAAAAUGAGGCGUUUAUUCGGUUUUACGCCGACUCGUUCUCGCUUAAUGACCAAGGGAAUUCUAAGGAUUUUAAAAAGGCUCUUUUCAGAGCCACCCACAGUUUUCCGUUAAUAGAGCUGUCAUGCUUGGAAGUGAACUUCCCAUGUACAAGCCAUAUGGUAAUAAAGUAAAACGGGUUUCACCUCUAACCAACCAUUUCCCUUAAAUCUGGAGUCCCUAAAAAUCUGAGGAAGAGUCACAAGAGAUGCUGUAAAAAAGAUUAAGCAUUAACGGGGGGG